AUGUCAGAGCAACAACAGCAGCAGCAGAAGCUACGAAUAACAUGCAGUCAGCGAGCUCUGCUGUCUGACCUCUCUGUGUUGCUGUUGGAACAGUAUGAAGGGACGAUUGGGGCUUCUAGUGAUGAGGGAAGCAAGGAGGACCUUGAUCCGAUACACCGGUGGAUAGGGUCUACCCCUGGGGCUAUGGAUCUUCUCGUUGAACUAAGUUGCAAGACUGCUACUGCCAAUGAUGCUUGCAAGGCUGUCAUGGCGAGUGAUGAUAGUAAUCGUUCUCGCCCCGACACUGCCGAGGUGUAUACUGCUGGUCCAACAGAAACUGGACAGUUGAAGAGCGCCGGCGUAGCUCUACCGGGUAUGAAGGCACCAGCAGUGAAGGGGCAGGUCAUGCAGCCUACCUUGGCUACAGUGCCGGAGCAAGCAUCCCCAGCUGCGAACCCUCAAAAGACCGACGACCUUAGGGAAGGUCCUAAAAGCAAGCUGCUGAGCAACUUGGUGGAUGAGCUGAUCCUGCUACUAUCUAACACGCCAUGGAUGUGUGCAUCUUUGGCUCAGCUGCUACCAUUACUCAGUGCGGCAAGCAAGGAUCUUGUUCGACAGCAGCAAGUAACUCAGGGCGAUCUCAUAUCUGCGUCUGGAGAGGACCUUACACUUGUCACGGGUACUGAUAUACUCGUGUAUACGGGCGCGGUGGAGAGGAUGGCCUCGCUGCUGCAAGCCCAACAACAACAACAACAACAACAGCAGCAGGGUACUCCUAAUGAUCAACAAGGACUACAGACACCUUUGGGAUCAUUACAACAACAACAAUUUGCGAUGCGUCUGCAGGCAGCCCAUGCGGCGGCAGGAGGGGGAGGGUCAACCCCUGGAAUGUUCCAGACUGAGCUCGCCAGGCCGCCGGUUCUGGGAGAAGCCGAAACGUGGCGUACUGGAUAUGAAGACGUUGGUCUCAUCACCGCAGUUAGCGGCCCUUAUUAA